CAGCUUAGGAGACAUUUUCGACAGGAAGUGAGCGCUCAAAAGGAAAAUACUGAAGGGAUGAAUUCCGAGAAAGACUCUGAGAAGCGGUGCAAGGUCCGGGUUUCAGAAUGUCCGGGUGACAGGAAGUUCAAGGCAAAGGUUAAAUCCAGAUCUUGAACUUUCACCCAAGUUCACCGGGCAGUCCAACUCCUGUACUAUUCCGCCCUUACGUGUCAUGGCUGCCAGCCCCACUCUCCCCGUGGGCCUUGAAGCCUGAUACCAGACGGCUCUGGCGCCACCAAGUCUUCCACAGACAAGUACGUUACUCUCUCCACUUCUUAGAACCGCCCCGAAACCGCCGUUCAGAAAACCCUGCGUUGCCAGCUUGCCCCAAAGCAAGAUGGCGGCCAGUCUCCAUUCUCUCUUCCCAACGUGAAGCUAACCAUUCCCGGCUUCAUGCCGCUGCCAGGCUGCCCUCACCUAGUAUGGCUGCCCCGCUCAUGCCUCGUUAUGGUCUCGAAGCCGACACGAACCGGCCAGGUUCCGGGAGGCGCUGUUCAGGAUGCAGCCACCCCCGCCCGUCCCUCCCCUCCCCCACGCCCGCGGCGGCGGCGGCGGCGGCGGCGGAGGCGGCGGCGGCUGGAGCCCGGAUGCGGCGCCGUGAGACGGGGCCCGGGAGAGCAGCGCGGAUGGAUCCAACAUGGCGGCGCCGAACCUGAGCCGAGAGAAGAGACCUGGGAAAUUAAAUUUCUUGCAAAGGACACUGGAGAUUGCAGCUGCUGAGCAGAGAUUCUGGAAAGCACUCUGUCCCUGAGCCUCUAGCAUGGCGGGCCUGAAGCGGCGGGCAAGCCAGGUAUGGCCCGAAGAGCAUGGUGAGCAGGAACAUGGGCUCUACAGCCUCCACCGUAUGUUUGACAUCGUGGGCACCCACCUAACGCACAGAGAUGUUCGUGUGCUUUCUUUCCUCUUCGUUGAUGUUAUUGAUGACCAUGAGCGGGGACUCAUCCGAAAUGGACGUGACUUCUUACUGGCACUGGAGCGCCAAGGCCGCUGUGAUGAGACUAACUUUCGUCAGGUGCUGCAGCUGCUGCGCAUCAUCACUCGCCAUGACUUGCUGCCCUAUGUUACUCUCAAGAAGAGACGGGCUGUGUGCCCUGAUCUUGUAGACAAGUAUCUGGAGGAAACAUCAAUUCGCUAUGUGACCCCCAGAGCCCUCAGUGAUCCAGAACCGAGGCCUCCCCAGCCCUCUAAAACAGUGCCUCCCCACUAUCCUGUGGUGUGCUGCCCCACUUCAGGUUCUCAGAUGUGUAGUAAGCGGCCAGCCCGAGGGAGAGCCACACUUGGGAGCCAGCGAAAACGCCGGAAGUCAGUGACCCCAGACCCCAAGGAAAAGCAGACAUGUGACAUCAGGCUUCGAGUCCGGGCGGAAUACUGCCAGCAUGAGACUGCUCUGCAAGGCAAUGUCUUCUCCAAUAAGCAGGACCCACUUGAGCGCCAGUUUGAGCGCUUUAACCAGGCCAACACUAUCCUCAAGUCCCGGGACCUGGGCUCCAUCAUCUGUGACAUCAAGUUCUCUGAGCUCACCUACCUCGACGCAUUCUGGCGCGACUACAUCAAUGGCUCGUUAUUAGAGGCACUGAAAGGUGUCUUCAUCACAGACUCUCUCAAGCAAGCUGUGGGCCAUGAAGCCAUCAAGCUGCUGGUGAACGUGGAUGAGGAGGACUAUGAGCUGGGCCGACAGAAACUCCUGAGGAACUUGAUGCUGCAAGCAUUGCCCUGACCUUCCCCGUCUCACCUCUCUGGGGAUUGUUGGCUCCAUCACCUCUGGAGCUUACAUACUGUUCUGGGGUUCGUUCUCUGCCCUUCAACCAAUCACACCACCUUUUCUUUUUUCUUUCUUUCUUUCUUUUUUUUUUUUAAGGAAAAGACAAAGGAAAGUGGAAAUGGUGUUCCCUCCCCCUCCCUGCACCCAUGUGCCUGGGCUUCCCCUCUGUUUCCUGUUGCCACUUCCCCCCUAAUGUGUGUCUCUACAGCCACCUUACCACUGAGCCGUAAGACAAGUGUAUAGGGACGGAGUCUAUGGAACAUAGCCUUUGUAAGGGACUGAACGUUGCUUUCAGGUGCAUCGAGGGGUAAUCAAUACUUAUGGCUUUAUGAGGGCUCUAAAAUUUUGUCUGAAAAACCAAAGGGCUGUGAGUAAAGGAGCUGUGUGGAAGGUGGGACUCUGAAGUGUAUUUUGGGAAUUAAUUACCACCUUCUUCCAAAUUAUAGAAUUUUUUAAAAACAAAGAAGCUGUGGCCCUUUCCACUCUCUCCUGGCCUCUGGUGCUGCUCCUCUCUGCCUUUCCUUCAUUCCAUGGCUCCAUACCCCUGCUGGUGUGGCUCCCUCCUUUUCCCCUUUGUCAGACCCUCUCCAACAGAGUAGGUGACUGGGCCAGCCCCCACCCCUCCCAACUGUGCUGUACAUGCGAACACCAACACACAGGAUGGACAGAGGAGAGGGUGCUGGCUAAAGUAUGCUUUCUCUGAAAAGAGUGGGGGAGUGUGACGUGUUCCUUCCAUUCCUAGUGAAAAUCACAAAUGCACUCUUACCCUACCCCAAGCCCCUUUGCCCUCGCUUCCUUCUGGCUUGAGAGAAAAUGAGGUAUUCAGUAUCAACUACCUUUCCUCCUCUGGAGAAGGGGGCUAGGACAUGCACUGAGCCUUGUUGCACUUUCUUAGGUAGGGAGGCAUGUUUGAGCCAGGAGGCCUUCAAGUGGAGCCUAUUCAAGCAGGUACCAUGCCACCUCCCCUCCCAAUCCCCAAAGGAAAUGCCCAGACAGACAUUAUGAUUAUUAUUAUAUUUUUUUCAAUGCCAGUGCUGCUCAGCUCUCGGCCUAACUCAGUUUUCAUGAAAUAAACACUGACUGUGUAAAAUUUUA